CUCUGGCUGUGUUAAAAUCACACAGUGACGUUUAAUUUCAUUAAGUGAAAUCUUGUUUCUAUCCUCUCGUCUUUAACCCUUUUUGACGCGUUUUUUAAUUGUUUUCGAAGUUUGCUUUUGUUUUUUUUCUAAUUCCAAAACAGCAUGCAGACUAGGCUGGGACUUCGUACUGUGAGGAAAUCGGGUAGCGACGUUUCUCAUGACGCUCCACAGUCAGUGAGCCCAUUUCAUCCUCCUGUCAAGUUUGACGAAAAACAACUGAAACAAGUUGUAUCCGAAGAAAGGCCGGCCAAACGUCGAAGCACUCGUCUCGACAAUGAUAAUAAGGACAACAAUAAUAAAGACAGCCAACGGACGCUAUUUAAUACUAUUACCCCUUCUGCUGGUCCAAUCGAAAAGUCACGAUCUUCAACCAGGAAUUUAACCACGAUCAACAAAAAACGCACAACGUCUAAAACUACAAAGGAGUCAGUCAUUGAACAUCAACCGAAAAAGCAACGCAUUUAUAACGAUCGCAAGCAGCAACAGCAUCAUGAGGAGGGAACUGGGCAAGAGAUUAUGUUGAACGUGCAACAACAGAUGGAGCAAGAACAACAAGCAGCUGUGCUAGAAACUGUUGUACAACGAGUUACAGUAGAACAGUCGCGCGCCAAACUAGUCGAAUCACCACAAGAAGUUCCUGCUCUUUUUAAUGUUACAGAAAAUACGACUACAAGUACGGAGCAAGCAUCAUCAUUAACUUCAUCACCAUCAUCAUCUGCAUUAUUACCAACAGCAUCACCGUUAUCAUCGCCAAAAUCUGCUACUCACGAAGAAUUGACGAACCCUGAUGAUCGAUCAUCAGUUGUAGAUAAAGAGCAACAACGACAACAGCCAUCUAAUCACACCGAGCUAUUUGAGUUGAAGUCAACGUUGAACGAAACUGCUCGUGUCGAAGAAAGCAUCGAGCGGCCUGCAAAUGUCGAAAAGACAGAGGAGCAUGAAGCCAGCCCAAAAGUGAACAUAGCAUCACGUGACAACAAUGCCAGCAGUAGCGCUGUUCCAGUAUUAUCACAACCAAUAGCAGAAACACAAGAAGUGCCUGCAUGGAAACAAUCAUUUUACAUUCAGAGUGAUAAAGCGCGAGUACAAGAUGAGAAGGGCACGCUACACAAGCUGCGAAACGCACUAGACGUGAGUCUCAUGUUCCAUGCAGCAAAUCAACGCAUUGCCAUGUUCCACAAGAUCCAGCCCAUGCUACGAAACACCACCAAAAAAAAUAUCACGAUUGGCCACCUGGCGAAGAUUUUAUACCUAGCGCCGAUGCUGUACCGAGUAGAGCCAAAGAUAUUGGGACACCAGGGAAGACAGGUGGAGUCAUAUGCUGUGGAGCUUGGAGCUGAUUGGAAGGCACCGUUAUCUGGCAAGCAAUUGGAAGAACGCGAGAAUAUCCUGGAAGACAAGAUGGAGGGCUUUUUCAUUGCCAACAAGGGAAAGCUCGUUAUACCUGAAAAAGAGUUACCAAAGAUCGACAAGGUUGUUGAUAGAAAAAAAUGGAUUGAAACUGCCAAUUUGCCAAGUGGAGUGCGAGAUCUGCUUCAAUUGGAAGAAAGGAGGAAAGAAGAGGCCGAGAAAGCCAAAGCCACGCAACCACCAUUGACAGGCACGGGAACGGUAAAAGAUCGACGCCAGGCAUUAUUGGAGCGGAUCCGUUCCAAAUCAAAGAAGUAGUAAUACAAGUGCAUUCUUUCAAGUAAUAGCAAUAAAGCUAGACCUCAUUGCACAUCAUUCGAAAAGGGGAAAGAGGGAAAAUAAAAAGAAUCCUCGGAGUAAUGUGUGCGCACAGCAAGAGAGAGAUUAAUAACACACAAGCACACACGCUGCAUGCAUGUGUCUCGAAGCCAUAAAUGCCUGCAUGUUGCACAACCGCGCUGAAGUAAUAAUAACAACAAUCCGAAAAAUAAAGUCUCUGUAAUACUGCCUAAGAAU